AUGGCGUCCCUCAGACUCGCCUUAACCUGUUUCCUGACACCAUCGCCUCCAAAGGCGACAGAGAACUUUCAUGCUGCAAAUACUGAACCUCCUCAAAAGAAACAGGUAUUUCAUGCCUCUGAGAUACCCGAGUGGAUGCAGUGGGAUCCAUACAUCCAGCACGGGUACCGGACCCAGUUGAAUAGUUUCAAACAAUGCUUCUUGUCGCUGUUCUACAUGCACAAUGAAUCCGUCAACACCUGGUCCCAUAUAGUUCUCGAAAUCUCUUUCCUAAUCUUACUUCUCGCGAUCGACUACUGGAUUGCCCAGCUGCCCUUCAAAGUGCCAUUCUCAGACAUGCUGGCCAUUCAAUCAUAUGUUGCCGGGACAGCAGGAUGCCUGGUCUUCUCGGCUGCCUUUCACGCCACGAAUGCUCAUUCCCCGGAGGUCGCUCGCGCUUUCCUGAAGCUAGACUACUUUGGGAUCGUGCUGACCAUCUCGACGACCUGUAUCUCGGUGGCCUAUUUCACGUCAACGCUACAACUCGCCUAUAUCCUCUUCACGGUGCUCUGCGCCGCCAUGGUCUUUUGCAUCACGUUAGAUGUUGGGAUGGAUGGUGCCCGUGCAGGUCCAUGGAGAGCAACGGUGUUUCUUCUCCUCGCUGCCAGCGGCUUAGCCCCCAUCUUCCACGUCGGUUGGAAUGAAGCCUCACGGUCACCUGUUCGUCGUAUGCCAUCGGCACCCUGGCAUAUGUCACCCGGUUUCCGGAGAAGUAUUGGCCGGGUCGAUUCGAUCUCAUCAGAUGUCCUAACACACGUUGCUAUACAGACUGUGACUAAGAUGUGCAGGGUGCGAGUCAUCAGGUCUUCCAUGUGUUGGUUGCGUUCGGCCAGAUCGUGCAUUUGUUUGGGCUUCGAGAGAUGCUGGUCAGCAUUCAUAUGGUUCGGUGCACAAUGUAGAUGGUAG